UCAUAUUUAAAGACAAAAGUAUACGAACUCUUCGAGCACUACGCAAAUCGCAUCUACAAGCGGCGCGUGUGAGAGAGAUGGCUAUGAACAGUUCCGCAUUUAAGAUAAUCUUGGGUUCGUCAUCGAUGGCUCGCCGACAAAUUUUAGCCGAGAUGGGGUAUGAGUUCGCAAUAAUGACUGCAGACAUAGAUGAGAAAGUUAUUAGGAAGGAAAAGCCAGAAGAUUUGGUAAUGGCUCUAGCCGAAGCGAAGGCAGAUGCCAUUGUAUCAAGGCUCCAAAGUACUGAUCAAUUUAAGGAGGAUGCUCACGCAACACUGUUAAUUACUGCAGAUACAGUGGUGGUGUAUGAAGGGAUAAUCAGGGAAAAACCAUCAAGCAAGGAAGAAGCACGGGAGUUUAUCAAAGGAUAUUCUGGCGGUCAGGCAGCUGUGGUAGGAUCUGUUCUUGUAACCAAUCUUAAGACUGGAAAAAGAAAAGGUGGAUGGGACAGAGCAGAGGUUUAUUUUUAUAACAUACCAGAUGAGGCCAUUGAUAGCCUGAUCCACGAGGGAAUUACACUCAAUGUUGCUGGGGGUUUGAUGCUGGAACAUCCAAUGACAUUGCCUUUUGUGGAAGCAGUGGUGGGGACUACUGAUACCGUGAUGGGACUUCCUAUAGCUCUCACAGAAAAAUUCAUACGGGAAGCCCUAUAGAUGCUGUGGUCAUAUCAACACGGUUCUAUUCAAAACCCUUCACAUGAGCUGAAUCUGUUUUUCAUCCAUUAUUUCAAAGCUGUGGACUUUAACAACUGAUUGUUGCUUAUCAAUUUUUUAGCCAAGUUCUAUUUAAUUUUUUUUAAAUUUGAACACACUGGGCCUUAUUACUUCCUCAUUUUAAACCUACCUAUUCCGAUCACGAUUGCUCAGCAUAUUCAUGAUGAUGAUGACUCCUACAUCAGUAACAGUUUGUCUAAAUAUUGCAGCAGAUAUAGCGCAUCAUACCUUUACUUAACCAUACAUGGUCUUCAUCUCCCCUCAAAAACUUCUCUGGUCUCAUUGGCCAAUGCCGAGAGGUCACGGUCUACCAUUGGUCCCUCAAUUCUUGGUGCUUGAAAUCAGGGUUUUGACUUGGGUAAUGACUAGGAUUUUGGUUUUUCUCAUUUUCAGAGGAUGAAUCAGAGGUUGAAUAAAAUCUGGGUUUUCCUCUAGAAAACCAAUAAAGGUCAAAACUGUUGAACUUGAUACUAGAACUUGAACAUGGCCGUAUCAAAAAAUUCGAACUAGUGGGUUUUGUACCAACCAAAGCUCGGUGCUUGAACUUAUGGGUUUUCCAAGGACUUAGAGGUAAGCUGUAUGUGAGUUUUUCAUUUGGUGUGGAAGACGGUGUGGAUGGUGUUGUAGGGUGGCGUUUGGCGGUGGGAAGGGUGCCAUUGGCCUGGCUGGUGGCGGUGAGAUUUUUGUCUUGAGAGAAUUGGGAGAUGAUGGGGAGUUUUUUGUUUUUGUUUAUUUUUUUGUUUGGGCCGAUGAGUGAUAGAGGUGGUUUAGGGUGUUUCUAUAAAAUUCAUUUUUGUUGUUUCAUGCUAUAUGUCAUCCUCUUAUUGGAGGGUACAAAAAACUUAAUUUGUACUAAGACUAAAAGUUAUUCUCAAUUCUAAGAGCAUAUCUCAUGAUGUGUAAGAAUUCCACAACUACAAGGAUGAAAGUUUCAACUACGACAAAGCAUAGAAACUUUAUUCCAUUUGUGUAAGAUUGCAUUUUUGGCCACGAACUCAGCCAUAGUCCGGUGAACGGUGAUAAAUGAGGCUAUUUCUUGGCUAGUGGGUUUUUAAUACAUUACUUAUCAUUCUAGCAACUACGGAACGUUAUUCAGGAAGUCUUUCUUUAUUUAACAAAGAAGCAGUUAUACGAAAACUA